GAUAUAUAAAAAUACUAACAUUUUUAAGAUGAAUCAACGAAUGUUACAAGGAUCAAACAAGAUUUUUAGAAUUCUACAAAGAGGUUUGUCUGAUUCUUCAACUCCUAAAGAAAAAUGUUUAAAUCAAGUCCAGUUGUUAGGUCGAGUUGGACAAGAUCCAGUAACGAGAGGGGAAAAAGAAAAUUUUGUAACGUUCAGUAUGGCUACAAGCCGAAGUUAUCCAAAAAAAAACGAAAACCAAGAAACUGAGUAUAUAUCGAAAACAGAAUGGCACAACAUGACUGUUUUUCGCCCUACAUUGGUCGAAAAAGUUCAACGCUUUGUUACUAAAGGGUCUCGUCUUUUAGUCACUGGGGCGAUCGAGUACGUUGAUUAUGAAAAAAAGGAUGGUGGCAGAUUUACAAUGACCAGAAUCGUACCUGAUGACAUCAUCAUUCUUUCCAGUAGUAAUAACGUUGAAAAAUAGUAAAAUAGAAGAUAAACUAUCCCCUUGAUAAUUAUCAUUGCAAGAAAAAUGGUUCAUAGCAAGAAUGAGAAGGUUUUAUCAACGACACAUUGUUAUGCGUACACAAGGACAUUUUUUUAGUGACAAAAGUUUAUUUUUUUACGUAAACUUUUUUACUCUUAUUUUUAUUAAAACCCAUGAAAUGAAUGUUUAUGUUAAGAAAACAUGUUUUGUUGUUGUUGUUUA